AUGAAGGACGAGGAAGACGAAAACAACGCCGUCACAGCACUCCGGAAGUACAUGUACCGGCCUCCAGCCUCGACGCCGUCGCCCACUCCGUCCGACUCUGAGGAAGACCUCGCGACCUCCCCCGUGCCCCGCCUGCUCCCCUCCUUGGUGGACGAUAGUGGUGAUGAGCCGAUGGACGUCGACGAAGCACCGACACCCGCCGCUUCUGAACCAACUUUCGAAUUAUGGAAUGUGUCUGACCGCAAGGCGGCGGCAAUGCCUCCACCUCCCGUCCCGCGAGCCAAGUCAUUGCCCGAGCCCGCACCAACGUUGACAACUGCCAGCAGUGACAAGGUCCCUCUGGCUCGCGCGCCCAAUGCUCCUAGUCCACCCUCCCCAAAGCGGCGCCUCACGCUCCCCGCCUCGCCCCCGCGCCAUGGGCUGCGGCGCCCGCUGGGGCCUAGAACCUUAUCAGUGAACACGAUCGAGGUGAACGCCGAUCCGAACACCGCGGCCAAGGAUGCAGACAAACCGAGGAAGACGAAGACUGUGAAGCCCAAGCCGCAUCGGUUGCGUUCGCGGUCAUUCUCAACACCGACAGCGAAAGAGGCCCCACCAGGGACGUCAUUCAGCAAGCGCUUCAGUCUGAAUCUACGCUUCGAGGGACGGCGGACGCAGACGCUACUGCACCUCGUGGGCCAGUACCUCGCGCGCACCGAACAGUUCGCGCAGCUUGCCACGCUCAUGCUCAUGUCCCGGACGACGGUCCCGCAGCUACGACCGCUGCUGCAUCGCACCGUGCACCUGACACGCACGAACCUGGGCCCGUUUCUGCGUACCUUCGUCGAGGUCAAGAUGGUUGACUCUCGGGAACGCGAUCCGCGUAAGCGGUUCAAGAAGAAGUCGCCCCGCCGGGUGACAGGCAUCAAGUGCAUCAUCCUGCACAGCGUUCCAGAGUAUGCGCCGUGGCCGGCCGCUUUGCUCGAGGACGUGCUGACUGGUGCGCAGCGCCUUGUCAUUCGCUGCCCCCUCCCCGGCCCGCUCAUGCAACGCACCAUCGCGCUCCUGGCCAGUCCAGAGCAGGUGUGCCUCGACGCACGCGCCGUCGACGGCCCGUCUGCGCUUAGCUUUGCGCUCUCCGUCCUCCCCCUCUGGAACGAGCUUAAGGAACUCACGAUCCACAACGCAGGCGCGCUCCAGGGCUCGCGCCUCCUGACCGCGCUCAGCAACCGCAACAUCACCACCCCGGGCGAGUACAGGUCCCAACUGGCCAACAUGUUCGAGCAGAGGCGGGUCGUGUACACGCUAGACUUUGGCGAGGACGAGCUCGAGCCCGAUGGCAAGUCGGGUCUGGUGGUGGACCACUGGGACAGGCUCUUCGGCGCCCUCAACCUCGUCGACGCCUUCAGCGUCAACGUCGUCGUUCCCCACAUCGGCCGCCGCACGCUCCCUGGCCCCAAUGGAUCAAACCCAGUCAAGCACGCGAUGCGUGCCAAGCGCCGCGGAUGGGUCUUCGGCCGCAUCGAGGACACAAAGGUGCGCUGCGCGUGCGGGCAGAACGUCGCGAAGCGCGUGGAGCUGCCCUAG